CCAUCUCACGUGUUACAAAAUGGCAGCCACCAUGGGACUCCGAGCUCGCAGUCUAAAUCUACCUGUUUCAUUGCUUAACGUCGUUUGCCGGCGUCAGUUAAGUUCCACAAGAACGCUGUUCGCAGAAACCAAAGAAGCUGACAAGGAAAAUGGAAGUAAAUCUGAGGAGGAGACGAAGAUGACGGACCUCGAGCAGAAGCUAACGGAAGAGAAGGCGAAACUAACAGCUCAAGUAGCAGAGUAUACAGAUAAAUAUAAACGAGCCCUUGCCGAGACGGAGAACGUGCGGAUGAGGUUUACCAAGCAGCUAAACGAUUCCAAGAUCUAUUCCAUCUCAGGGUUCUGUAAAGACCUCCUGGAGGUGGCCGAUAUCCUGGGGAAGGCGACGACCAGUGUUCCAAAGGAUGCUGUGAGUGGUGCUGAUGCAAACAUUCACCUCAAGAACCUCUAUGAGGGCCUUGUCAUGACAGAGACACAACUACAGAAGGUAUUUGCCAAGAACAAGCUAGAAGUGAUAAACCCUGUUAACAAUGAGAAGUUUGACCCCCACAUUCACGAGGCUCUCUUUGAGCUUCCUGUUCCAGACAAGGAGCCAGGGACAGUCGCCGUUGUAGAGAAAUUAGGAUAUAAAUUACAUGAAAGGACUCUUAGACCAGCCUUAGUAGGGGUCACCAAAGCAAUUUAAUACAUGCCCUUUAACCUGUUGUGAUGCUGAGAGAAAGAAAGAAAGGAACAAUGCAAUGUGAUCAAUGAACUUGGCUUCUAGACUUGAGGAGAUAUCAAGAAAGUAAACUAGACUAUCGGAAACCUCUUCGGCAGCAGAAAAGGAGAACUGGACUUAGGCCUGGAGCCCUGGACUAAAUCGGUCUUGCAUCAUGUUGGACCAUGAGCUCUGAAGAUUGGUCUUGGUACACCUCUAUGGCUAUGCGGAUAUCAUGUCUAUAUAGAUUUAAGAAUACUGUUGCCUCUUCUUAUAGUCGACAUUGAUUUGUCUAAUUUAUGUAGAGUUGACUUUUUAAUUUCUAAAUGCCAAGGUCAAAUCAUCUUAACAGUUAAAUUUUAAUACAACAAACACUCAUUGUCCAAAUUUAUGAAUGUGGUCAACUCUGUAAGAAGGAAAACUUUCAUGAAGCUAAGCCUCAUAAUAGAUCACCUAUAUGGUCAGGCGUGAUUUAUAAAAUAGAAGUCUUUUAAACAUAAAUCUUUAUACUGUAUGUUUUUGUAGAAAACAAAUACAGGUUAAUUACUAAAUUUUGUUUCUGUUUUGUAUGUGUACUUCUUAUGCCAGGUCCCAAAAUCAGGCUUAUGGCCUCAGGGCAUUUCCAUAGGAAUAAUAGUGCUUUCCAUUUAUGACAUCUACAUUCUAAAAUUUCAAGUUAUUGAACUUCUUGUAAUGAAACUGCAAAAGUGAUCAUCGAGGCCUGGAGUUAUCUAGUUAUGUGUCUUGUGAAAAUUGAUAAUAAUAAUAAUAAUAAUAAUAAUAAUAAUAAUUGCCUAAUAGUCCACUCCUAAUUUUAUUAAACCGAAACGGAAAUUCUUUUUGCCCAAUUGAUCGUGAGCCCGAAAUUAAAUUUCUAUCAAAUUAAUAUAUUCUUAUAUAUGUUUUAGCCCACUUUCUUUUUAAAGCAAAUGUCACAGAGGUGCCAUGUGGGCCACGAUUAUGGUACAAAUAGCAGUUUACUGCCAUUUUUUGGACAAAAAGAGACCCUCUUACGUCUUAUCCCAUUAUAUUUAACAUCCAACUGAUGAAAGACAUUUAGUGACUCAGCAAAUGAAAUGGUAAUAAGUGUAAAAGGAAGGUUAGUUUGAAAAGCAGGAAUUCUUCCUUUUCAUUUAUCUCAAUAUUUUUUGAGCCAAUUGGUAUGGACAUGCACGUAAUAAAACCGGAAGUACAUGUAUAUCGUAAUGCAUCUUUACCGGUAUAUUCAUAUAGAUUUUAUAUCAAUAUAAAUCUACAAUACAUGGUGGUAUAGAGUACCCAAAUGCUCUCGUCAUAUUCGCUCGUCGUCCGGGCUACUGGUUUCAAACAACAGAGCCUGCAAAUGCAGUUUAGCGUGAAAUCAUUCAAGCAGCGAGCCUGGAGCAGGGCAAAUACAGUGUUUGGGGCUGGUGUGAUCACCCUGCAAUUGUUUAGCACAAAAUCGUUUCGAACCAGCAACCUUGACAGCUUGGCCAGUAUGAUGUCACACUUCGGUACUCUAUCGCUCAUUACCUAGUUACACUAACAGAGACUGGUAUGAUAUUGUCAGUUAUUCGUCGGUCUAGAGUCAGUUUUCGCAGUGUGGCUGUGGGAUUGAGACCCAAGUGGCAUCAAAAAUAUGUAAUUCAUCAAUAUGGAAAAAUAAAAACUAUUAUUCAUGUAUACCUGUCA